AUGUCUGAUUCUAAUGUCAAGUCUGAGGGCCGGCAUGGUAUUACAGCUUCUGAUCUGAAUGCGAGAUUGGACGCUUUGCUAAACGAUACCAAUGAUCCGGGUACCGCGAGAGAAGCGACGCUGCUUGGGGCUACCGACUCGCUUCUGACCAAGAUUGAUAGAUCGCUGUACAGGAAUGAUGAAAAGUUCAAAAGAGUCAAAAUUAUUUUAGAUGAUUUCAAAUCUGAUAACGAUACUAAGAAAUCUACAGCUUACAAGUACGAUCUGAUUGAAGUUCAACAAUCUCUCAAACAUACUCUUACCGGACCCGAAGAAGACUUAUUGACCUACAUCGCACAUAAACAUAGACCUUCCGACGAGUUGAUCUUGGUUUGGGCGACAUUUGAGGAUCGCUUCUUAAAUACAAGAAGUGGAAGCUCUGAGAGUAUCUAUACCAACCCUUGGAAGACUGAAAGAGGCCAUGCGACAAUUACCACGCCAUUCUUUACAUCUCGAUUUCAAACUUCAGCCUUCUGGUGUCUCACAAACACAUAUUCCAACUUUGAAGAGGACUCUGUCUUUCGUUCUUCAAACUCGACUCUGUUAAACGAAGUCGAUGUGUUGAUGUCGAACCUUUGUGAGGGCAACGUACAAGCUGCCAUCUCGGAUUAUGAUAACGGACAAUUGAGCAGCCUUUUGAUGCAGACGAGGGAAUGGGAUUGCGGGAAUGCCAACACCAAUAAGAUCUACAAUGACCAGAUGGUGAACUUGUGGGGUACCCUGAAAGAGCUGCAAUCAUGUGUAAUUGGUCAAACAGCUAGCCAAGAUCAACCAAUCGAAGAGGCCCAUGCUAUAGAGAUCUAA